UGGAGAAGAAAAACCUUAAGAUGGCAGGCAAAGGAAGUAACACAGACUGUAUGUCAUGCAGUGUUCUGAACUGGGAGCAGGUCAGCCGUCUGCAUGAGGUUCUUACAGAGGUGGUUCCGAUCCAUGGACGAGGCAACUUCCCAACGCUGAAGAUAACUCUGAAGGACAUUGUUCAGACUGUGCGGAGUAGGCUGAGUGAAGCAGGCAUUGUGGUACAUGAUGUCCGUCUGAAUGGCUCUGCAGCUGGUCAUGUCCUAGUCAAGGAUAAUGGGCUGGGAUGCAAAGACCUGGAUCUCAUUUUUCAAGUUUCUCUUCCAAAUGAGGCAGAGUUUCAGUUAGUUCGAGAUGUGGUGUUGCGAUCCCUCUUGAACUUCUUGCCAGAAGGAGUAAGCAAGCUGAAAAUCAGUCCAGUAACACUGAAGGAAGCCUACAUCCAGAAGCUAGUUAAAGUGUACACGGAGUCUGACCGUUGGAGCUUGAUAUCGCUUUCCAACAAACACGGGAGGAAUGUGGAGCUGAAGUUUGUAGACUGUAUACGACGGCAGUUUGAGUUCAGUGUGGACUCCUUCCAAAUCAUACUGGACUCCCUGCUCUUUUACUAUGACUAUUCGGAGACCCCCAUGUCAGAGCAUUUCCAUCCAACUGUGAUCGGGGAGAGCAUGUAUGGAGACUUUGAAGCAGCGUUUGAUCACCUCCAGAACAAGCUGAUAGCUACCAAAAAUCCUGAAGAGAUCCGAGGUGGUGGGCUUCUAAAGUAUAGUAACCUCUUGGUGCGAGACUUCAGGCCCAUGGAUAAGGAUGAGAUCAAAACAUUAGAGCGUUACAUGUGCUCCCGGUUUUUCAUAGACUUCCCAGACAUCCUGGAUCAGCAGCGCAAGCUAGAGACCUACCUCCAGAAUCACUUCUCCAAGGAAGAGAGGAGUAAAUAUGACUACCUCAUGAUUCUGCGCAGGGUGGUGAAUGAGAGCACGGUCUGUCUCAUGGGACAUGAGCGAAGGCAGACACUCAACUUGAUUUCUCUGCUAGCACUCAAAGUACUGGCAGAACAAAACAUCAUCCCUAAUGCCACUAAUGUUACCUGUUAUUACCAGCCAGCACCUUAUGUUAGUGAUGUAAACUUCAGCAAUUACUAUCUUGCAAGUGCUCCUGUGCCAUACAGCCAGCCCUACCCCACUUGGUUGCCUUGCAAUUGAUCAUUUCACUUGAG